AUGACCUCCUUCGAAUUGAAAAACCACGUCCCCGCCAACAACGAGGUCCGCAUCUCGAGUGGCUAUUCGACAAAGGAUCGCGACAAUGCCGAGCUCGCGCGCUUGGGAAAGAAACCCGUUCUGAAGCGAAACUUUGGGAUCUUGUCGAGUCUCGGGUUUAGUUGUACCAUUCUCGCCACCUGGGAGGGGCUUUUUGGGACCUUCCUCAUCCCUUUACAAAAUGGAGGUCCAGCGGGCGCGGUCUACUCCUUCAUCUUCGCGUGGACGGGAACAGCAUGUUCCUUCACCGUGCUGUCAGAGCUAGCCUCGAUGGCACCGACGUCCGGAGGGCAAUAUCACUGGUGUGCGAUGCUUUCCCCGCCAAAGAUCAUGAAAUGUCUGAGUUACAUCACCGGCUGGGUGACCACCAUUGGUUGGAUGUCUGCCUUUACCAGUGCCAGCUUCUUGGCCGGGACGGAGAUUCAGGGCGUCGUGACCCUUGCGCACGAGCACUAUGAUCCCAAGCCAUGGCAAGGCACUCUGAUCAUAUUUGAGACCUUGGUCUUGGUCGUUCACAUCCUGGGGUAUUUUGCGAUCCUGAUCCCCUUGACGUACAUGGCCGACCACAAGUCCAAGGAAGAGGUCUUUAAGGAUUUCGUGAACAGCGGCGGUUUUCCCACGGACGGGCUAGCCUUCUUCGUCGGGAUGACCGGGUGUGUUUUUGCCUUCGCCGGUGGUGAUGCGGCGGUCCACAUGGCGGAAGAAGUCGCAAAUGCCACGGUCGCGAUCCCUCGUGCGGUUCUUCUCAGUGUUCUGAUCAACGGCACCCUUGGGUUUACCAUGUUGAUCGCCACUCUGUUCUGCAUGGGGGACAUCGACAAGGCCCUCAACACCCCCACCGGGUAUCCCUUCAUUGAAAUCUUCUACCAGGCCACCGACUCCGUCUCGGGGGCGCUCGGUAUGAGUUCGGUCCUCCUCAUCAUUGCCGUCUGCUCGGUCAUCGGUAUGCUGGCAGCCACCUCGCGACAGUUUUGGUCGUUUGCCCGAGAUCGCGCGGUGCCCGGCUGGCGCUUGUGGAGCAAGGUUUCGUCGAGGACAUACACUCCGACCUAUUCCAUCCUGCUUACCAUGACCGUCGCAUGUCUGCUGGGACUCGUCAACAUCGGGUCCGAUGUGGCUCUGAACGGUAUCAUCUCCAUGGCGGUCUCCGGCAUCUAUCUUUCCUACCUCAUCGUCGCCUCCCUUCUCCUCUACCGUCGUUGCACCGGUCAGAUUUCUCUGUAUCACGACGGGGAGGACAUGCUGGUCAACGUACCGGGGGCGAAGUUGAUGUGGGGACCCUUCCACGUUCGAGGCAUCUUUGGUACCUUGAUCAACGGCUACGCUGUCAUUUACAUGACCAUUGUGGUGUUUUUCAGUUUCUGGCCCACCCAGAUGUCUGUCGACAAAACGACGAUGAACUUCAGUGUGGUCGGCACGAUCGGGACGGUUAUCCUGGCGUUGAUCUACUAUGUCUUCCGGGCUCGGCAUGUGUACACGGGGCCCAUCGUCGAGCUGCAUCGGUGA